GUCGCUGCGAAGUUGAAAUCCUGAACAAACAAAUAUCCAACAAACAGCUGCUGCUGCAACACACCGGAUAUAUUUUCACUAAAAAAAGAAAAUAAAGCAGCGAGCGACUGGCUGCAGAUUAUUAAAGGAUUAUUUCCCUUUAUUUCCAUCUUCGUCGGCGGUGACAUGAGAGUGAGUGAGGUCCACGCUGCGGACUCUGUCAGCUACCUAAACGGGGCCCUGAUGAAGCUGCAGGAGAUCUGGGAUGAAAUCGGGAUCCCUGAAGAGCAGCGGCUGCGGAGAACCAACGAGGCUCAUAAACAUGUUAAAGGUUUGCUGGAUCUGAUGAUUGCUGAAGAGCAAGAACUAAAGCAGCGAUUACUAAAAAACAUUGAAUCGUGUCAAAAGGAGCUCAGUCUUUUGUGCAGUGAACUGCAGCUUCCACCUUUUAAGGAGGAGGAAGGCUGUACCAUCCUGCAGAUGGAGAAGGAUUGCUGCACUCGAGUAAAGAUUUUGAAAGAGAAAAAGAAACAGCGACUGGAUGAGCUUAAAGUCCUGGUUGCCAAAGACCGGGAGCUGUGUGACAUCAUGUGUACCACCCCCUUCACUAUUGACCAGAACUCGGUCCCAUCAGUGCAGCAGCUUCAGGCCUACAGUAGCUUCCUUGAUGAGCGCACCAAAGAGAAGGAGCGUCGUCACGAUGAAUUCACCAACACCAAAAAGGAGAUCGUUGCUUGCAUGAACGACCUGGAGCAGAAUCCUGAGAUUAGUUUUGAGAUGGAUGUGAUGUGUGGAGAUGAGGAGGCGUUUUGUCUGUCGAAGGACAACAUCACAGCCCUGAAGCUUCUUCUCAGUCAGUUGCAAGAACGCAAGGCACAGAAGGAGCUCCUCUGUUCAGGUUUCCGCUCUAAGAUCCAGGAGUUGUGGGAAAGGCUUCAAGUUCCUCAGGAAGAACGGGAAGCUUUCUCUGAGCACAUGGUCAACUCCAAAAAGAAAAACAUGGAGGCACUCCAAGCAGAACUGGAGCGCCUGGAGCUGCUGAAAAUAAAGAGCAUGAAGAGUGUGAUCGAGGCCAUCAGGGGAGAGAUUGCUGUUUUGUGGAAGAAAUGCUUCUACAGUGACGAACAGCAGCACGCCUUCACUGCAUAUCAUGAUGAUGUUUUUACUGAGGAGCUUCUGAACGUGCAUGAGGCUGAGGUCCGGUACCUGCAGAAGUACUAUGAGGACCACAAGGAGCUCUUUAUGGGGGUGACAAAGUGGCAGGAAAACUGGGACCUGUACUUGGAACUAGAUAGGAAGACCAACGAUCCUUCAAGGUUUGCUAACAGAGGUGGAAACCUACUAAAGGAAGAAAAGCAGAGAAUUCAGCUCCAGAAGAGUUUACCUAAGUUAGAGAAGAUUUUGAAAACCCAGAUCGAUGGCUGGGAGCAGGAGCACGGCAGAGACUUCCUGGUGAACGGACAGAAAUUUCUCACAUUUGUGCAGCAGCAGUGGCAGGAGCACAACGAAGAGAAAGACAGGGAGAAACUGGAAAGGCAACUGAAGAAAACUAAGCAAACCGAAGAGGAAAUGCUGUAUGGAACAAUGACGAGAACGCCAUCGAAGCGGCGGAUUGGAGGCACUCCCACACCUGGAAAGAUCAGAAAGAUCAACGGGCCCUCGACUGUCUCCACUCCAAACAGCUUUCUUAAUGCAGGCCAGACGUUUACACUGAAACCACCUCCAUCUGCCAGCAAGAGUCUUGGCCUGCGAACACCAGGACAUGGAAAGACGCCGCGUGCGCUAGAGAGGAACAAGGAAAACAUCUCCAAUAUCAGAAACACUCCAUGUGGAACACCAAGGUCUCAGGAUACACAAGAUGUCACCUUGAACUCUAUUGCCGGCUCCUAUUCUGAAUUUGCGAAGGACCUCUCAAAUGCUGCUAAAUCAAAUAUGAAGACGGGAUUGCUGAACUCCACCGUCAGCCAUCAGUGAGCGUUCAGAGCAGCAGCAGAGCUCAGGAUAACAGGCAGCUUUGAAAUGUUGACUUGCAAAGAAAAAUGGAAAUGUUUUAAUUGCUGUAAAUACUCCUCUUUUUAUUUUUUAUUUUGUCCCAAUGUCACUGCAGUGGCAUUUUUUUUCCUGCUGUUUAUAUUUUCUGUGACUACUUUGCACAUUCUGUGGCAUUUUGAUAUUUUAACCUGCAAACUUUUUACAUAAUGUGAUUAACUGUAUUGGCUACUGUUUUUAUUCUGGUUCUUUGGUAUUUUAUAUUUUUUUAAGAUCAGGCUGUAAAUAAAAAUGUAUGAACCUAG